AUGUCGGCCAGUCAGUCGCGAACGUCUACCCGCCCGUCCAGCGAGGUCGAGCGCAACACCUAUGCAAAUGGAUCCACAACAUCCCGCGGUAAUGGCCACGCCAGGCAACGCUCCAACACUGCCAGUUCAGUCCGCUCCAAUGGAACCGUUCGAGCGCCUCGUGUCUCAAUGGAGGAUAACACCUCUCCUCUCGCAAGGUUCGGCAUCAAAGGCGAUGGUCUUAUGCUCUUUGUCACAUGCUUUGCCUCACUCGGAGUUUUUCUCUUCGGCUACGACCAAGGCGUCAUGAGUGGCAUCAUCACCGGUCCCUACUUCAAAGCCUACUUCAAGCAUCCUACCGCCUACGAGAUCGGCACCCUCGUCGCCUCGCUUGAACUUGGAGCGCUCGUCACCAGUCUUGCCUGCGGUCGACUUGCCGACAUUUUUGGCCGCAAAAACACCCUUUUCUGGGGCGCCGUCAUCUUUUCGGUCGGCGGCGCCAUCCAGACCUUUACCUCCGGCUACGAUACUAUGCUUAUCGGGCGCGUCAUCUCUGGUCUCGGAGUCGGCGUCCUUAGCAUGAUCGUGCCCACCUAUCAGUCCGAGAUCUCACCUGCAGAGAACCGUGGUAAGCUGGCCUGCAUCGAAUUCACAGGCAACAUCAUCGGCUACGCAAGCAGUGUUUGGGUCGACUACUUCUCGUCUUUCAUUGAAAGUGAUCUCUCUUGGCGUCUGCCGCUCAGUCUCCAGGUAGUGAUCGGAGCCACUUUGGCUUUCGGCUCCGUCCUCCUUCCCGAAUCACCGCGAUGGCUUCUUGACAAGGACAUGGACGAGCAAGGUAUGCGCGUCCUCGCCGACCUUCACGGAGCUGGAGACCCCAACGAGCCGCGCGCCAAGCUCGAGUUCCGCGAGAUCAAAGAGAACGUCCUCUACCUCCGCAAGCAAGGCGACAACUCGUACAAACGUAUGCUCACCCAAUAUCGCUACCGAACCAUGAUCGCCAUGUCUUCGCAGAUGUUUGCGCAGCUCGUCGGUAUCAACAGUGUCUGCUACUAUCUGCCCAUGAUCCUCGAGUCUGCCGGCUGGAUCGGUCGCGAUGCUCUUCUCAUGACCGGCGUCAACGGCAUCAUCUACACGCUCGCUACCGUGCCCACGUGGUUCCUGAUCGACCUCUGGGGUCGUCGAAUCAUUCUUCUAUCCGGCGCCAUCGGUUGCGGUGCUGCCCUCACCGCCUGCAGCUACUUUAUGUAUCUCGAUCAGAGCUACACUCCGCAAGCUGUCGUCGGCUGCAUCAUUGUCUUUAACGCAUGGUUCGGAUAUUCAUGGGGCCCUGUACCUUGGCUCUAUCCGCCUGAGAUUUUGCCGCUCGCGUUCCGUGCUAAAGGUGCAUCCCUGGCAACGGCGACCAAUUGGUCGUUCAACUGGUUGGUAGGAGAGCUGACACCGAUACUCAUGGAGAAGAUCGCAUGGAGACUGUAUCUUAUCUUGGCAUUUUUUGCAGGCUUGGCGUUCGUGACGGUUUACUUUGGAUAUCCAGAGACAUCCGGUGUACCGUUGGAAGAGAUCGGCGCACUUUUCGGUGACGAAAUCAAUGUCCCUCAGGACGAAGAAGAUGAUGAUGACGAUGAUGAUCAACAAGAUGAGGACGGUCAAGGGGGAAGCGGUGAAAGGAUACGCCCAAGAGUAAGCGUCGACGGGUCACAAGAUGGUGCUGAAUACACACCUCGGCCUAUCCGUCGAUCCAUUUCCAGCCAUCCGCGUCUACAGUCGGAGGAGGAGCGCGCGGCUCGAGCAGCAGCAGCACGGGUUGCUGCAGAAGAACGACAGGUUGCGCAGUCGUUCUUCAGACUUGGUGGUGGUGGACCUUUCGGCUGGGUCUCGCGCUUGCUGCGAGGAGGCAAACGAGAAGGCCCACCGGAUCGCAGCCUGUAUGAACAAAUCAGCAGAGACGAACACUAG